AUGCCACAAGUGGUUUUCAUGCUCAGAAGUGAAAGUGCAACAAUUCCAGCCCCUAAACAACCUGCGUUCGUUGUUAGGCGAUGCCAUUCUAGUUCUAACAGGGCUUCUAACUCUUCAAACAAGCCUAUAACAGCUUCGAACAAUGGUUUAACUGUCACCUUGGAAGAUGGCUUCUUCAAUCCUGAGAAUUCUAGUAAAUACUUCCUUGGUAUACGAUUCAACACCUUCCCAGAUACUGCAUUAGUAUGGAUUGCUAACAGAGAAUCUCCGCUUGAUUCUCCGGGUCUGUUUAUGCUCAGCAGCGAUGGAAACCUCGUAGUGUUGGAUCAUACUAGAAACCGUGUCUGGUCAACUAAUGUUUCAAUAUCUGUUUCUGCAAUGAAUCACACAACUGGACUACUAGCUGAUACCGGAAACCUGGAUCUAGUGGAGACUAAAAUUGUUGCUGCAAAUGAUAUUCAUAUACGUGUUCACGGCUCUGAAUUAGGCAAAAAGGGUGUUUCUGUUAAAUCCUUGAAGCGGACCCUUGUAAUUGCAAUAGUCUCUGCAGCAGUUGGAUUGCUUACAAUAACUCCUCGAUCCCUUAUGUGCAGGCACAUGGAUUCUAGGAGGAUAGCAAUAACAGUAAGUGAGAAUAUAGGUGGGAAGAAUGAUACAGAACUACCACUCUUCAGUUUAAUGAGUAUAUUAGCUGCUACAAACAACUUCUCUGAAGACAACAAACUUGGAGAGGGAGGAUUUGGCCCUGUUUAUAAGGGAAUUUUGCCGGGAAAUCAAGAAGUGGCCGUAAAGAGGCUAUCAAAGAAGUCUGGGCAAGGGCAUCAUGAGUUCAUGAAUGAGUUGAAACUUAUAGCCAAACUCCAGCAUACCAACCUUGCUCGUCUCAUGGGUUGCUGUAUGGAAGGAGAUGAACUGAUAUUGAUCUACGAGUACAUGCCUAAUCGAAGUUUGGACAAAUUUUUGUUUGAUCCUUUUGAAAAGACAAAGUUGGACUGGGGUACACGGUUUCGAAUUAUACAAGGUAUUGCUCAAGGAGUACUAUAUAUCCACAAAUACUCUAGGUUGAAAAUCAUCCAUAGAGAUUUGAAAGCAAGUAAUGUUCUGUUGGAUGGAACAAUGAAUCCCAAAGUGUCCGACUUUGGAAUGGUGAGGAUUUUUGAUAUAAAUCAAAUUGAAGCAAAUACCAACAAGGUCGUUGGGACAUACGGCUACAUGUCACCUGAAUAUGCACUAUAUGGUCAUUUUUCUGAGAAAUUAGAUGUGUUUAGUUUUGGAGUACUAUUGUUGGAGAUUGUAAGCGGAAAGAAGAAUGCUUUGUUUUAUUCUUGCGAAAAUUCACAAACGCUAGCUCAAUGGAUAUGGCAAUUAUGGAAAGAAGGUAGAGGAAUGGAGGUAAUUGACGCAUCAGUAAGGGAAACUUGCCGGAUUCAUGAAGCUUUGAGGUGCAUCCAUGUCGGGCUUUUGUGUGUUCAAGAAGCUCCAGCUGAUCGACCGACAAUGUCUUUAGUGAUUCAUAUGCUCGAGGCUGAAGAAGCUACCUCACUUCCACCCUCCAAAGAACCUGCUUUUUCAACAAGUAGGAAUUCAAAUCCUGUUACCAUUUAUUCCAAUAAUGUAGUCACUAUUACUUUGCCAGAACCUCGAUAG